AGCCUCAUCAUCAGAGUCUGAAUUACAUGCUACCAAUUACAAAGUCGUAAAGGGAACGCUAUGUCACGAAACGAAUUUGAUCCUCUCUGGAUGGACAUGGUUUAAUGGCGUUUACUUCGACUGUUUGUCUAGUAGUCGAUGGACAGCCGCCAUCGCCAUCAAGAAUACCGGAAACAGAAGCAGCAGCAACCGGUCAUUCCGUGGGACUCCAGAAUGGUGGCUGAAGUGGAUGUUGUUUGUCGUUCGAAGGUCCCCCAUAUCCCAGAGUGCGAUAUCGAUGCAUAUGCGCCACCAUCCCUGUCAGAAUAUGAAUAUGACUUUAUUUUGGAACGUCAGAUCCUAGCAGACUACGAGCAAUAUUGGGAUCAGAAACGGUGUGUCGAAUGUUCCCCUCCUGUGUCGCUUAGUAAUCCUACCGAUCACCCAUCUAGCCCCAGGAUAGGUUCUAGUACACCAACAGCUGCCAUUUGUCCGCAACCGGUCGCCGUAACGACAACUUCUACUGAACCGGAUAAGAGUGACCCCCAGUCAAAAGUUGCAGUUCCAUCGGACAGCUCAGCAAAAAUAGAUAAAGCCGAACCCAUUCCAGAGCCCCUACCAAACAUGCCCGUAGCUGCCAGACACUUACUCUCCGGACGCGUUUUGCAACCAGAUCGAACCGUGACGAAUUCUACAUCAAUGACCCCCGGCGAACCCUCUCUCCUGAACGUCUCAAAGCAUGUGCCUGAAUCUACCGUGUACCUGCGUGAUUUUGAUACCGGUCCAGAUGAUCCUUUUGCAAACGCGGAACUAAAAACAAUCAAUGAUCUUGAGGAAUUGCGCAACGUUCUACUUUCCAGUCCAGUGAACACCCGGGAUACACAAUCCACACUAAAGCAGCACACAGGGCAACUGACUCCCCCUUCCACGGUUAUUGUACAGGAUGGGUUUUCUACGUCUCCUCCGAUUAACCAUCCAUCACCUUCGAACGAACAGUCUAUUCAGUAUCCGCGCGCCCCACCACCAUUUCGUCCAUUGGCCUUGAAUUUCACCACAAGCGGUUUCUCUCCUGCUUUCCAUCCCAAAUUUACACCUCACCAGUCGCUGCAAGUCGGCUCUAUGAGUGGGACCAAUGCGGCCAAUGCAUUGAACGGAUUGGGAGUGCUCCCUGGACGUUCCCUUUCUUCUUCGGUACCGAACUUCGAGGCUGCAGGUUUGACUGAACGUCCGAAUUCUGUAGCCGGAGUAGUGUUGUCCACUAAUCCCCACCCAUCCAUUCCCAACAAGUCGAUCCACGCAUUUGAACCGCGGUUACCUACCGGUGCUUCACAACAACGAUCAGGUUUUCCUCAACCUGUUGCCCGUACUCCUGCGGAGCUCGACGCUCUGGUUGGGAUGCUGAUUGAUUGGACCAAGCAGGCUGGUUGGCCCGAAAGCAGAGCACGUAGUCUAUUACAGAUUCCACAGAACAGGGCACGCUUUUCUCACCUGACACUGGACAAGGCCAAGCAGCAAUUGGCCGAACAAUUGCAUCUUGUACAAUUACUCCUGAACGAAUACGCUCCGGUUGGUGGCUCUUCAAAUCGCCUGUCCGAACAGACAGCAGUCGUCGCGGUCUCUGCUUUUCCCCACGACUUCCUCAAGGCAAGACAGUUUGCAAAGGUAGCUUUGGACCUCGAGCAGUGCGGUCACCCGCAGGAAGUCACCCAGUCCUUUCUGUUAGACGCCAGACUGAACCACGAAGCUACUUUGGCUCAGUUCCUAUCUGCUCUCCCGCGGCCGGCAGUUUCACCGAGACCCGCAAGACAGUUUGCAAAGGUAGCUUUGGACCUCGAGCAGUGCGGUCACCCGCAGGAAGUCACCCAGUCCUUUCUGUUAGACGCCAGACUGAACCACGAAGCUACUUUGGCUCAGUUCCUAUCUGCUCUCCCGCGGCCGGCAGUUUCACCGAGACCCGUACAUGCUCCCGGACCAUCUUGGCAAGGCGCCCCCAUUACGCGACCACAAACUAAACGCUAGACACAUCUUGCCGGACACGGACUUCUGUUGGAUUGAGUCUUUCAUUUGAACUAGCCACAGUUCGCUAUCUGUUGAUAUGCUAUGCUGAAAUUCAUCCCACUUCUCCUUGCGAUCGAUUCACUCCCUUGGACAAGGUGCGUAAUCAGCUUGUGCGCACACCUCAAACAAUAGAUGACGUUUAAGCGACCAAGUUUCCACUCCAUUCCCGUUUUCAGUUACUGCAUUCGUUUCAUUAUAUCAUUCAUUCUCCCUUAUUACUUGCCGUGCAACUGUUUUGUUACUCGCA